UGCAGGGAUAAAUCUGGGAGGGAAGAGUCUCAUUUUUUCUACCAGUAACGUUUAAUAGAAGAGACCCAGGGGAGUGGUCUGUUUCAAUGGCAACUAACUCAAAUUUGCCUUGAUUCCCACUAUUCUUGCAGCUGAUUUCCACUGGAACAGACCUGUCUUGGAAAGGCAGAGUUGGCUCAGGCAGAGCAGGCAGUCAGUGAGCAGCAAAGAUCACGGGCAGUCAGAGGCAUAGCUCAGCCCUACUCUCUGAACUCUUUUUGUUUGGCACUGUAUCCCGAGAUUGCAUCAGCACGGUCCUGUAACAGUCCUACUGUCAAAUACACAGAGAGAACAGUUUCCAGACUGGUUCCAUCCGGGGAGAAGAAAACUUCAUGUGGACACCGGUGGCGCACCCAAGUGGUGUGUGCAGGACACAAAGCGAAGAUGAAAAGAUGUUUGUACCUGACUACAUACCUGUGCACAAGUCCCCUGAUGUAACUCUUCCUGUUCACAAUGCCUUAAUCUUCCAGCUUUGGAGCAGUAUCAGGAGCCAUGUAGUACGGCCCUUUACAGGCACUUCCAGAAUAACUUUAAAACUGGCGGGAUAACCACACUGCUGUACAAUUCCUGCCGAAAUGCAGCAUGUCAUGAACUGCACCACCAAGUCCUUACGCUCCCUGCCUUCACACCCACUGAAUGCUUGCAUACCCUUCACACCUGCAUCUUCUCGGUAGCCAGAUUAUAAAAAGAAGGAGAAAAGAGAAGGAAAAAUUGGCACAGGUAUGGCCCAGUGAUGUAAUUUCAAGCAAGUCUCGUAAUGGAGAGCAUGCCCUCUGGAAAUCAGUGCCCUUUGCUGUGCCCUUUGCAGUGCCCUUUGGCAACUGUUGUUGCCACAGUGCUGCUCCCUACCAUGUGGGGGCAUGUUAGCAGCACAUCAUCAGAAAUGCCUUGUACCUCUGAGGGACUUGCUGAGGGUUAGAGAGCUCACUGCAGAACAAACCGUGGCUGUGGGUGACCAAGAGAAAAAAGCACAUGAUUUGCUAAUAGAAAUAUUCUUGGCUUACAUCUUGAGACUGAUUAAACCUGUAGGCAGAGAAAAAUGAGACCAGUGCUGAUUUCUAUAAUCCAUAACAUGCUUCAGGACUUAACAUUUUCAUGAUUUUGCAUGAUAACAAAAUUGGAAGUCAAACAAAAGGGCAACAGCAACUUGUCAUGUGGCAGCAAAGUCAGAAGACAACAUACAACCUAGCAGGAAGUGAACAGGUAACAGAUUUUCCCUAGGGAUGGGGUUUUCAGCUGGCAGUCAAAUUCAGGCACAAGUUAAGUCAUGCCUCGGGCCAGAGUGCCUCUGGUGUCUGUAUACCUGCUCCUUUUCCAGUUCCUGCACUGAAGCCCUCUGUCAAGUCCUGUUACCGGAUAUCAGGCUACAGCUUCACAAGCAAACUAAACAGCAGGGUGAGAACACACAGGUUCAAGCACUGGCACGUGACAGUCCGUGCUGGCCAUGCUGUUUCUUUGCUAGCAUGCUAACUGGGCAAUGCCUGGACACGCUGUGGGGAUAUUAUGGACCAGUUACUGUUAGGCAGUGUGGACGAAGACAGACUUCUUCAGUGGGGAAGAGAGUUUCAGCAGUGUAUGGGCAUACACGUGUAUGUUAUAUAGCUAUAUUUUGGUUAUAUGUAUGUGUGGGUUACAACUGCAUCAAGAAGUCCUGCUUCGUUAGGUGCCAUCAUUUCAGUGAAGCAUCAUUUGUGACAUUCAUUCUUGCAGCUGCAUUUCUGAUCUCGGUACAUUAAAAAAUGUUUUUCAUCGUCCAUCCUCUUUGAUGGCACGUCAUGUAAUAACAUUCUCUAUGCUGUGCCACUUGGCCUUAUAUGUGGCCAAAAAUUGGCACUGGCCCAUUUUAAUUACUUGAGUGACGUAGUCUCAGAGGCUAACAAGCAGACUUUAAACCAUUUAAAGUCUGAUAUCACAACAUCUUAUAUCUAAAUUUCGUACUCAAAGAUGAUAACUGGAGCAGAGAUGAACAGGGAAAAUGACAAGAAGAGGGUUUCAAAUGCUCUUUGUUCAGAGAAUGCUGUGAAAUAAGCUUUUUAAAGGGUAGUUAAAUAGCAAGAGGCCAGAGUAUGCAUGAGAGCAGACAAAAGCCUCGUAAUCUGCUAUUUUUCACUUGGACUUUGUCUUCAUUUGCUAGCUAACCCCAAACAGACCUUCCCUUUUUCUGCCUAUCAGCGACGUGUAAAUAAAUCUCUCUGUGCUUUCUAUAAAUAGCCCCAAUUCCUUCAUUACAAAUGACCUUUCUACUCUCUGCUUGGUUACAGAGAACUUGAACCGUGUCCAGGUGGAAGUCUUCGGAUGCAGCAUCUCGUGACCGUACCUCUAAGCAUGGAUGCAGCAUGAAGUGAGUGCUCGUCAAUUGCAGCGCUAUAGCAGGUUGCCCUAAAACAUCAGGUCUCACUCUUUGCUUCCAAUAAAAAUGAGCAGUGAAAGAAUCACACACCCGCUCUGUAAGUAACAACAUAAUCAAAUCCUGAGAGAGCAGGAGGAAAGGGACCCAGAAGAAGAAGUUGAAAAGCAAUCAUCCACUUGAAGAAGCAAAGAAUAAAAAUAAGGUGCACGGCUGGCAAAGCUAUGGAAAGAAAAGGAAAGAAAGAUAUAAAAUAAUGCCCUCCACAAUAUAAGCCUACAGUUGAGGAAUGCAAGCAAUUUCAAGGUGGCUGAACAAAAGGGAGAGAGAAGUUAAAAUAAUGACAUGGUAAAUCCACAUGGGCAAACUAGAAAACCACAGCCAGGAUCAGUGAAAACAAAUGAUAAGCAGAAAAAGCAAAACACGCUAAACAUUCCUACAUGGAAGCCAGAACAAAUGGUCAGGAUAACAGCUUGACACGCUUUUUAAACAUUUAAAGGAAGGAGCAUGACAACAGGAAUAGUGAGGGAAACAUUUUUAGGAAGUGAUAGUGGCAAUGAAAGGCUUCCAUGUAACAGUUUCACUUUCUGCCUAAUAAUCUAAAAGUCAUGCCAUUCCAUCAGGCAACAUAAAUUAAUCUUCAAAUGAGAGCAAGCAUCAUUUAUUUUAAUAUACAUUUAUUUGCAUUGUAUAUGUGGUAUAUGAUGGCUUUAUUUUAAAAAAUAAUGUCUCUGUGUUAUCUUUUUGUUCUUCAGUAGCCCAGGAACUCGUUGCUUUCUGAACCUAUUUUAGUAGUUUCCUCCAGACCAGUUUUUAGCAUUUACCGUAAAUUUACUAGAAAUUUUGGCUGAAAAUGAAGUUGUCGACUUUGGCUUCUAGGCAGUGGUUUGCAGGAAAAAAGGAGAGGAUUUCAUGUUAGGCUUACUGAUAACACAGCUAGCCAGGUAGAUUGCAAUGCACUGCCUUGACAGAGAGGUGGCAACUCCACGCACUGCUGCUCAUCUGAGAUGGAAUGAAGUCCAAGGAGUCCCAGUCCUGUACUGACAACAGGGCAUAAAUAUUCUCCUUUACCUCAAUGGGAAUUUGUGUUUUGGAGCAGUGCAAUCUGGUUCACACCCUUGCUGUUUCCAGAAUACUUUCUGUGCCCGUGGUAUCAGCAAAACAUAGGAUUACAACACCCAAAUCACUCACCUGCCCUCAUCUGUGGAGCAGGAAAAUCUCUAUGCUGGAAAGCUGCAAAAACAUCCAGACAGCAUUCAGCUUCAAACUCAACUGCCUGAAUGUGGGAGUCUUUAAUGCACGGUAUGCCUAAGACCCCGUUACAGUCAGCGGAGCCGGCUCAGCGAUUCAGCUUACCGUGUGCCUUUGUGUCAGAAAAGCUGAACAGCUCUCUAGACUAAGCCUAGACUCUGAACUUGGCUGUCUAAGAUCUCAAUCAACACUGACAGGAGCAGGGACACCUCGCUGAUGUGUGGACACCUGGGUCUGCAAGCUAGCAUCCCGCUCUGCUGGUGCUGUAGUGUUGGCAGAGCUGGAGGAGCCCUCUGGAAGCAGGUGAUGGGUGCAUGGUGUGUUGGGGAGUGUGGGCACCAGCCCAAGCCCUGCCACCUCGCUGCAAGACUUUUUUCUGCCAGGAGUGGCCGAAGCCACAGGGUUCUGUAACCCCUGCACACACAGCAAGCUACUGUCAUUCAUCUAGGUGUAAUCAUUUCUGCUAAAAAACAUAAAUAGGACCAUUGGAAAAAAUAAAAUAAAAGGUCAUUUGUUCUUAUAAGAACUAUUUAUGAAAUCCAUGACUGUGUCAUGUAUCAUCCAGUUCAAUUCAACAAUGCUGGCAAUGCUCCCUCCUGUUUUUUCCUGAACGUGUUUCUACAAACACAGUUUCUGCAGGGGUUGGGGCUGACACAGGGCAUUUGAAUGUGUCUGAGAGGGGAGAGUUAAUUUUGUUUAAAUAUGCUGCUGUGUCCAACACGACUAAAGGAUAUCAUCUAGCUUAUAAAGUAAAAACAAACAUUGCAUGUCAAAUUCCUGUUCCCAUAUUAAACCUAUUCCAAAAAAAAAAAAAAAAAAAAAGAAAGAAAAUAAAAGAAAAAUAUUAUUGAGGAAUCAAAAGUCCUGGAAUUUUCCACGUCAAACUGAUCUAACACAAACAGCACAGACUGUUUGUGCUUGUGAUUUAAAUGCGAUGAGGUUAAUAUGGCUUCCUAAAUGUAAUCUCUUUCUACAGGGAUAGGAUGUAUUGCUUCUAAUUUUAAUUACGGAGGUGGGUGGGUUGGAGCCCUAAAAUUUAAAUUUGGGUUAGGGUGUGGAUUUAUCGCCCUGCUCCUCCCUGCAAAAGCUGGGGACUGCUUGUGUCUGGGCCCAUCUUUUCAAUUAAUUUUCGGUAAUUAAAGUGUGAUGUGUGGGAUGGGGCUAAAAUGAAAUCCAAUUAAAAUGUAAUGCCUCUCCUUUGCUAUCUCCAUCCUUAUUCAUUUUAAACCAUCUCCAGUGCUCUGAUGAGUUUAAGUCUUCCUGUAUCACGUACUGUGCAAGCAGAAAUGUUUGAGUGAACUCCUGCCAAUGGCUCUGAGCAAGCAUGGGGCAUGUUUCAGAUUACACCGUGUUUUGUUGUUCUGAUCUGAUCUCCUUGCUAGGAGAGGCUGAGAAAGGCCGCUCUAGGGGAUUUACUUCCAGCAGCAGCAGCACAUGAUCCCUCAAUCGCGUGAUUCUCACCACUGAGGACUAAUGGGGAGGGUGAAGAAAAAGCGCACACUGCCUUGGGGAAGCAAGAGCCGCUCCUGCUCGUGGGCCCCCUCCACCAGCCAGACGCUUCAUGGCUUCUCCCCGGUUAGAAACCUACUGCUGUCCAAACCGGGAUGCAGCCACGCAGCUCGUGAUGAACUUCCAGCCCGAGGUCUUCUGCGGGGUCUGCAUCGGCAGCGCCUCCGUCAGCGUGCUGCUGACCGUCCUGCAGCUCCUGCCAAAGAAGGGACAGAUCCUGCGGAAGAUGCCCAAAGCCUCCUCCUCCUCCACCAUCCUUCUCCUUAUCUCUGUUUGUGACAUCCUCGGUGGCUUAGGUGUGAUCUUCAGAUCGAGUGUCUGGUUGGGCUUUCCAGGCUUCAUCGCCAACAUCUCAGUGGCCAACGGGACCGACAUGGGGCCCUCUGCAUUCUGCGUGGGGAGCGCGAUGUGGAUCCAGCUGUUAUAUAGUGCUGGCUUCUGGUGGUUGUUUUGCUACGCUGUCGAUUCUUACUUGGUGGUAAGAAGAUCAGCAGGACUGAGUACGAUCGUGCUGUACCACAUGAUGGCCUGGGGCCUGGCGGUCCUGCUCUGCGUGGAGGGAGUGGCGCUGCUCUACUACCCGUCCCUUUCCAGUUGUGAAAAAGGCCUGGAGCAUGCAAUCCCCCACUACAUCACAACCUACGCUCCACUCCUGCUGGUGCUGGUGGUCAACCCGAUCCUGUUUAAAAGGACAGUAUCUGCAGUUGCCUCUUUGCUGAAAGGCAGACAAGGGAUUUACACGGAGAAUGAGAGACGUCUGGGGACAGAGAUCCAGAUGCGCUUUUUCAAAAUUAUGCUGGUAUUCAUUGUUUGCUGGUCAUCUAAUAUCAUCAACGAGAGCCUUUUGUUCUAUCUUGAAAUGCAGCCAGAUAUCAAUGAAAUGCCUCUGAAAAACCUUAGAAGUGCUGCACUGAUCACAUGGAUUAUAAUGGGGAUUCUUAACCCGAUGCAAGGCUUCCUCUUCACGUUGGCUUUCUAUGGCUGGACGGGAUGCAGAGUGGACCUGCAAUGGCAGAAGAGAGAAAUACCCUGGGAAUCGAUGUCCUCAUCGACUGUGGGUGAAAAUGCCUAUCCCUCACCUGUGAACUACCAAACCAACCUCCACGAUCCAAAGAAGUUAUCGACAACUGACAGCCAGCAGACUGAUGAGGCUAUAAGCAUGUUGUCUGAAGGUAACACUAGUGGUGAUGACAGGUUAACCAGGAGCUCUCCCAUCUACCAAGGCUGGUAGUUAAUAGGUGCAGAGCUGAAUCUCGCUUCUCCCACUGUCAAGACUCAGAAAACCACAGCACUGUGUGGAGCAUUGCUGACUCUGGAAUUCGGUUGGUGCCUAAUGGCUCCAUGUUGUUUCCUUUAACUUUUGUGUGUCUGAGAGAGAGUAUGUGAGAUGCAGAGAAAUUAUGGUUAAUGUCUUCAUUUGCCUUAUAGGAGAUGUGUAGAAAGGUAUAAAGGCCUGAUAAGGUUUUAGCAGGAGGAUAUCUCUGCAAGGAUCUGUGUUACUUAUGUUUCAUCUGUUUUCUUUUAAUCUUUGCUGUAACCUACAUGUGGUGGAAGAGUCUUUUCUUUAAUAAACAGUCUAUUAAUAUGUUGGAUUUUUAAA